UGACUUUUGUGCCUUGUCACGCUCUUCACUCACCUGGAAGCAUUGCAGGACCACCUUCUGGGCCAUUGGAUCUCACUGUUGUUCUCAUCCACCCGGUCCACCAGAGCUGAUUGCACAUGCCAGGACUGACAUGUCCCGAUCGCACCAGGGUAUGAGACCCACCGGCUACCUUCGCUUGGUUUAGCCAGCUUGUCGAAUCGGUGAACGGGGUCUGGCCGCUGUCACUUGCAGACAGCUACUUGGAGCUAUAGGUGAGAGCUGAGCAUCCGGUGGGGACCAAAGGAUGUCUGUGGCUCCUUCAAGCUCCUGCUUUGCAGCUCUGCCUCCUGCCACUGAGGCGGCACAUACACUAUUUGGAAAAAAUUCGGCAAGGCCUGGCCAUGAAGUUCAAGAAGUUAUUUAUUUCCCUGCUGCUUCCCACGAACCAGGAUCUAAGGUUCAGAAUUAUUGAAUAUUGGUAUUUCUUAUUACAUACUGUGCCAAUGCACCACAGCAAGUUCCUAAUACAUUGCACCUACAUCACCAUUGACCAAGAGGAGAGGACCCAUGCAGUAAUACUAAGCAAGCCCUCCUGGAUGUGGGGAGCGGAAAUGGGAGCAAAUGAGCAUGGAGUCUGCAUAGGGAAUGUAGCUGUGAUGACACAAGAGACUGCAACAGAGGCAGAAGCCCUUUUAGGCACAGAUCUUGUCAGACUCGGUUUGGAAAGAGGAGCCACAGCCAAAGAGUCUUUGGAUGUCAUAGUUUCCCUUCUAGGAGAGCAUGGACAAGGUGGAAAUAAUUUUGAAGAUGGAGAGAUGCUUCAUCUGUUCCACAGUAGCUUUCUCAUUGUGGACAGAACAGAAGUCUGGGUCCUGGAAACAGCUGGCAGAUACUGGGCUGCUGAGAAAAUCACAGAGGGUGUGAGAAGCAUCUGUAACCGAUUAUCUAUAACUACCAACAUUGAAGCAGAGCAUCCAGAACUUAGAAGUUAUGCCCAAAAUCAAGGCUGGUGGAACGGAGAGGAGGAAUUCAACUUCUGUGCAGUAUUCUCGCCACCGGAUCAAACUCUGGAUCACCACUGUCCGGGGAAAGUCAUGCUGAGGGAACAAGCAGGAAAGAUCACCUUGCAAACGAUGAUGGAUGCACUACGUGAUAAGGACUGCAUGGAUCAGAAUUCCUUCCUCGUCACGGGAAGCAUGGUGUCCAUCCUUCCUCAGAGCAGCAGCUCGACUUGCAUCCAUUUCUUCACGGCCACUCCUGACCCUGCCAGGUCCAUCUUCAAACCGUUCAUCUUUGUAGACAAUGUUAAGCCGGUCCCUAAGACAGAGAGUCCGAGUUUUGGUGAUGAGGACCCAGCCAAACAGCAGCCCCGUUUCCAGAGCAGACCGGACCGUAGGCACGGGCUCUAUCAAGCACACGAGUGUGCCCGGUCACUCAUGGGAGCCGAGGAGGAGUCUGGUCAAAAGCUCUUGCAAGCCAUACAGGGUCUGGAGAAACAAGGCCUGGAGGCCAUGCAAGAUAUACUGAAGUCUGAUGAAGCCAUUAACCCUUUGGAAGUAGCAGACCUCUUCUAUGAUUGUGUAGACACCGAAAUAAAAUUCUACAAAUGACUCAGCUGCUACCAGUGAUCCAAGAAUUGUCAUGUGAUUUCCCAGAGGGAGUUCUUUAUUCAAGAAACUUCAAAGAAUUGCCUCUUCAACUCAAAUGCAAGAGAAGACUGAAAAUUACUCUUCCAUAGUUGGUCUCUGUUUCCAAGUGCUUUAACUACUCACUGAAGUACCAGCUUCAUACAUCCCAUUGUGCUUUGUCUAACCUUUGUGUCUAGUGGUAGGAAACAGCCGGUGGUUGGUUGUUAAGUGUGUGCAUGCAGAUUGAUCUGAAGCAGGAUAUCUCAGAUGCUUUAUUUGUGAUGGUGGCGAUUGCAUUCUUCACAAAAAUUCAUUGAGUAACUAAUAAUAGCAAAUCAUAACCGAGGCGACAGGCUAAGGAGAAUCACGAUAUAACAUUCACAGAGCUAUGUACAAUAUCACUGUCCUUAGUUAACUUACAUUCUUAAGCCUUUUACCCAUGCUAGGGCACAGGCCACUGACAGCAACUCACCAGAUUGCU